AUGACACUCCGUCGGAAGAUAACUUUGGGAUGUGCAGUGUUCAUCGGUUCAAUUGCCGUAAUCAUUGGAACACUUGCUCUAACGUUCAUAGAUGGAGUGAUCAACAACAAUGUGCUUAAGAGAGAUUACUUGGGAUUUGAGGAGGUGAACGGCUCCAGACGCCUUAACUCAAUGACUAUGUCAUGGCUUCGUCCUGCAUAUUAUAUGGAGCAACAAAUUUGGAUGUUCCAUCUAGAGAAUGAACAAGAGGUUCUCCGAGGGAGGAAACCAAGGGUCAGAGAAAUAGGACCAUUCACUUUCAUCGAAAAGCAGUGGAAGUCAUAUCAUGAAUUCGCGCAAAAUGACACGAAGAUUUUUUAUCGGAACAAUCAUCUUUAUACAUUCAAUGAAUCACUGUCGUGUUCAACGUGCUCUUUGGAUCGUAGAGUGGUUAUACCAAACGUUGUUUUCCAGAAAUUAGUGGAUUUCGCGUCGUAUGGUUACAUCGAAAAGCUUGUAAUUGAAGGUAUUCUGAAGGCAACGAACGAAGCUCCUUUCGUAAACGUCACUGUGCGUGAAGCACUGUUUGAUGGAUACCACGACAAAUUAAUCGACGCUGUUUGUCAAAAAAAGGGGCUGGAAAUGCUGUGCAGGCUCGUAAAGAUUCCACAGCUCAUUGGAUUCUUCUAUGGGCAGAACAAUACCGAUGAUGGUCUCUUUGAAGUUUCUACUGGUCUCAAUGCUCCGUGGAAUAUAGGCGCGGUACAUACAUUCAACAACAUGUCAGCGCUUCCGGACUUUGUCUGGGAUUCGAAGGAUGCUUGCGAAAUUCGAGGAACGGACGGCCAAUUGUUCUCUCCUCUACUUAAAGAGGGUGGGGAAAUUGAAGUAUUUGCUGGGCCGAUUUGCAGGACAGUGACCAUGGAAUUCCGCGAGCGAUCUGAGUUUCGGGGUAUUGCAGCCUUCCGCUAUGGUUUUCCGGCUAAUAUCUACGAUCCUAGUGUCCCUGUGAAUCGUGGUUUUUGCAACAAGAACAACACCCCAGUUUAUUUCAAUUCCACCGUGCAGAUACCUGGUUGUCUACCUAAAGGACUACUUGAUAUCAGUCGCUGCUUACCUGGAACUCCACGAAUUUACAUUUCACAGCCUCAUUUUCUUAAUGCUCCUUUUGAGGUUCAAUCUACCGUAGAAGGCAUGCGUUCACCAGAUGUCGAGAAAGACGACACUUUCGUAGAAAUUGAACCUACCAGUGGUGUACCAAUUCACGCGCGAAGAAUGGUGCAGAUUAACGUGGGGAUGUUGAAGGGAAAUCUUGAAAAACUCUCAGCUAUGAAUAAUUUAACGUAUCCGGUGCUCUGGCUCAAUGAAACUGUUCGAUUCGACGAUGAAACCAGAGAGCAACUUAAUACUCUCGUUUUCGUCAAACACAUGGUCUAUGUAGUUGGAGUGUCGUUUCUGACAGCUGGUUUGUUGGUUUUCUUCGGAACAUUGGUUACGAUUGUCGUAUUCAUCGUAUUAAGGACUCGAGAAGAAGACGAGCACACAUUGUUACAAGAUGAAUCCGUAGAGGAAGAAGUCGAUCCUGUCACUUCGUCUGGGAAUCCUUCACCGUCCCCCUCUGCGCCAAAAACGAUUAACAUCAUCAACUGUUACUCACCAACAUCAGCAGCUGAUGAUUCCGAAUUGGACGAGUUUUACGAGAAGCUGGAGGAAUUGAUUCACAACGAGAAGUCCUUCUACUAA